AAUGUGGAAAAUAAGUGGAUUCUAACAGUUUUGACAAAAGUUUGUGCAAGCUUUUACUACCGACUGUGGUUCUUUUCUGCAUUAACAUUCGCUAGCAGGUUCCAAGGCGUCUUUCUAAUACAAUGAAGCGGAUGAGUUUUUACAAGUUUACCACAAAGUUUGAACAGUUCAGAAGGAAGAGUUAGAGACCCUACAACGGGACGGGAUGGACAAAAGGCAAGGCUUAAUCGCCAUUUAUAUAUAUGAUCAGCUGAGUCGAUUAAACCAUGACCGUUGGCCUGUCCGACCGUGCGUUCGUCCGUCUGUAUAUAUGCAGACUAGGCCUUAGCUUUUGAGAAUUCGUUGUGAAAUUUUGCACCCAUCCUUUUCGUCUUAAGAAACUGCUUCGUUGUCUGAACCAUCGAUAUCUUCACCAAAUGUGGCACAGAUGAUUACCUCAACUAAUAUUGCAGUAUCCAAAGAAUUUGUUCCGAACGAAUAACUAUAUCAUAUAGCUGUCGUACAAACUGAACGCUCAGAAUCAAUCGCUUGUAUGGAAAACUUUUUCAGUUUUGGAGAUAUCUUCACGAAUUUUGGUACGCGUUAUUAUUUAUGGGUACUAUAUAAUAUCCGCAGAAAUUGUUCAGAACGAGACACUGUAGCGUAUAGCUGUCGUACAAACUGAACGCUGAGAAUCAAUCGCUUGUAUAGAAAAAUUUUUCAGUUUGGGAGGUAUCUUCACGAAUUUUGGUAUGCGUUAUUAUUUAUGGCUAUUAUACAAUAUCCGCAGAAAUUGUUCAGAUCGAGUCACUAUAACGUAUAGCUGUCGUACAAACUGAACGCUCAGAAUCAAUCGCUUGUAUGGAAAACUUUUUCAGUUUUGGAGAUAUCUUCACGAAUUUUGGUAUGCGUUAUUAUUUAUGGCUAUUAUACAAUAUCCGCAGAAAUUGUUCAGAUCGAGUCACUAUAGCGUAUAGCUGUCGUACAAACUGGUCCAUUAAAAUCAUGUUCUGGUAAGGAAUCCUUGACAUUUGAGAAGGGCAUUACAGCUGCGUUGCAGCCGCAAUUAACCUUUGUUUCCGUUUUAUCUGCUGUUACAAGAAUUGGCUCAAAAUUCAAAAUGGCUGGCAACGCUAUCGACAUCUAUUUAUUAUUUAUGAUUUGUUUUCUAAAAUAAAAUUUCAAUUGCGUUUCAAUUCUGAAAUCAUUGUUCUUGACUGCGAUCUUGUAACAUACAGAUCUGGCUGUUAAGUACCUUAAUUUUAUGAUCUAUACAGCCACUAUUACGCCAAAGUUAUGGCUCAUUGAGUAGGCGUCUUCAAUUCGGUGAAUUUUGAAUCCAAAAUUCAAACCAUUCAACGUGAGCAAAAAUGUAUAGUCUUCAAGAAUUUGUGCUUAACCCUAAAUCUGUCAUAGCAUUCCACAGCCGUUCUGCGGCUAAAACUGGGAAACCUCUCAACAUCUUUUUUUAGUAAGUUAGCUGAUAAGUAAUCAACAAGUCAGAAGCCCGGGCCCAAUACUCCUUCAAGGUACUAAAGCAAAACACACAUAUAUGUACAUCUUUUGGCUGUUGUUGUUAUUAAGGAAUUUGUAUAAAAGCGCAUUCGAAAUUGCAUUUAAAGUAAAAGCUGCAGUGGGUACACAUCGCUAGAAGAGAUAACAACAAUCCAGUUACUCCGAAUCAAAUGGCUCGAGUGCCUAUCAACAAUUAUUUUGCAGUGUUUGUGCUGGUGAUUGGUGUAAGAAAACUCGCCUGCAACAACGCCGAUGACACUGAAGAAGAAGACCCCGAAAUAGACAUAGAAACAUUUGGUUCGCGCAAUCAGUUGUUGGACUCCAUGUUUAAUGAUUCCCUUGUAUUAGCUGAAUAUCUUUUUGCGCGGAGUGAGGAAUUAUGUGAAAAGUUAAUCGACGAUGAGAUUUACAGGAAUGAAACGGGUGAGGAAUUGGAGAGUCGCGACGCUGUCGUGAAAAACUGCCGUAGACGCGUUGUGGAGCGUCUUGAUCCUACAGGGCGUCGUUAUGGCAACUCCGCAGAAACCCUAUUACUUAAAUAUGGAUUUGCGAAUAUUCAAAAGAUGGUGCAACAGAAAUAUGAAGAAUUCUUCACAGAAAUUGUGCAACGAAUGGAUGAUUAUGUGAAGGGUUUGACGCCGGAGCAGCAAACCAGAACGACAGCACGAAAUCUACGAAAGUGGUCAGGUAAAAUUAAGGACGCCCCAACUGUGUCAAUGAAAGACAUGUUUUUUAGAAGUUGCAUGCGAUUUUAUUAUUUCGAAAGGGGGGUUUAGAGCGCAUGCUGUUAAGUGGUUUCAGGAAAUAAUAAACGGGAUUUUUGUUUUUUUUUGUGAAAAUGCAAGGAAAAUUACAAAACUCUGUCAAGAUUAAGUUCUAGCAAAAAUAAAUAAAUAAUUUUUGCUUUA